GGGUCUGAGGUUCUGACUGGGACCGGGUCUGAGGUUCUGACUGGGACCGGGUCUGAGGUUCUGGUUGUUGUUGUUGCUGCUGCUGUGGUUGUUUGUUUGCCUUGUUAUACACACAUACAUACUGCUAAAGAACUGUUAUUCCUUUUCCCAUAUCUUUGUCUGAAAGCCCUUUGAUUCCAAAGUUAUAAUAACUUGGCAGGAAGGUGAUCACAUUUUCCCAUUGCAAGGGAGGUUCCCACCAGCCUUGGCAGACACCUGUCUUUCAAACUAGGACAGUUGUCCAGGUCUGUCUGUCUGUACAAUUUCUUUUUUGCUUCCCUAUUUUCCUUGUAACCCCUUUUGGCCAGGUCCCUGAUCAGGUCUCUGGACACCCAGCAGGUGUCCCAUGCCUGGCUGGGCUGAGAGGGUGCUGCACCUGGCUGGGCUGAUCUCCACAGGCACUGCGUUCACCUCUCUCAGGGCAGCAGAUUUCCCCAAAGCAUCCAUCCUCAAUGGCCUCGCCUCUCAGCAGGGAAUUGCUUUCAAGCAAUUUUUAUGCUACUGCUGGGCUUUUCUGCCACCAUGGCACUGCCUCUGGGUGUGAAUCCCAGUUCCAUUACCUCCCUCCUUCCCACUGCCUCCAGGCUCAUGCCAGGGAUGUGCAAACUGCUGCCAGUCCAGGCAGCACUAUGGGAGGAGGCUGUCAUGUCCAGCCCUGGAGAGUCUCUGCACAAGGGUGUGUCUGUGCAUGCUGCCAGAGGGGCAUAUCCAAAGCAAAAGCAUUACCAAAAUUCCCCAAAUUACUCAGCAACUUUCAUUUUGAAGCAGAGGCAGCACAGGAGAAAACAGGUGACAUUUUUUUUUCCUUUUCAGGCAGGGAAAGACUUAGCUGGGACCAGGGGAUCUCCCCGAGGUUCUGGGUGAUGGCCGAGCAGCUCCUCCUCCAGCUCAGAGUGCAGGAAAGAGCUCAGGGCCUCCGGCUGCGUGGCAUUUUUUGGGAAUCUGCAGAUGGAAAUCACCCUCUGGCAUCUAUCAGAACUGCCCGUGGUUUCCUCCUCUUGUUAGCAAAGUGGAACCAAGUCAGUGGGCAAAAAGGGGGAUGGUAGAGCGGAGCAGGGUCACAUCCUGUCCUGUCUGGGCCUAGGAUCAGUGUUUUGGGUAUUUUGCUUCCCCUGGUCCAAGAUCACUUCCCAGUCUCUUUGAGGUGUAUGGAUUGAAUCCUGAAUUGCUCAAGACUUCUCCUUCUCAUUCUGUACUUGUUUUUCUCUUUCUUAAUGCUGGAUCAAAAAAGCCAGAGCAGGCUGUCCUUUGCUUUCCCCUGGAAAAUCCCUACAACUUUUUAUACCAGUCUGGUACUUUGUAUAAAACACUAAUCAAUGUCAGGCUGAAGAUGGAAAAUCAAUUUCAACCUUUGGCAUCUGAGGUUCUUCACUAGGCUUUACAAAAAGGGGCUGGUUUCAGCAAUGAAUCCUUUAAAAGUGAAUUCUGCCUUUUUUGUUAUCUUCCCUUGGUUUUCCUCCCUUUUGCCCUUUCCCUCUCCUUCCUCAUCUCCAGGUGGUGCUCAAGUAAAGAGGAUGCUCUCCUGUUCCUAGCUCCUCUACUCUCUGCUGGCUUUUGUCAUUUACAGUUUAGUUUUCCAAGUUCAUGAGCAGCACUAAGUAAGAAUCCUGUGGAUCCUGCUGAUCUCUGUGGCACAGCUUCCAGCCUGAGUAUCUUCCUGGCUGCCAGUGCAGCAGCUCCCUGUGAACAGCAGAGCUCAGAGCAGGGUCAGGCCCUUUCCAUAAACCUUCUCCACUUCUGGGAACACCAGCAUCCCUCUGGAUCCUGGUGCAUCCGUCCAGCCAUGGCAGCACAGGUGUUGGAACAACUUCACUGAACCUGGGUAAAGAUUAGAUGAUGCCAAAGAAUUGAUUGUAAUUUGCUGCCAUUUCCCUCCCUGAUUUUCUUAUUUCCUGCACGUUCCCAUUUAUUGUGCCAGGGUGUGUUAGACCCUUAGGAAAACCAGAUCAAUAAAGGAAAAAAGCCAGCAACAACAAACUUGGCCUGGGUUCUUUUUUUAUAUUGCUGACCUGAAGCUUCUUCAAGGCAGCCCUGGCAAAGGAUGCAGCAGAGCACUUAACUCAAAAGUGAUCUUGUCAAAGAAGUUAAUUUGCUUUGGUUUCCCUUCAACCAGAACAAUUUUCUCAGUGAGCUGAGUGGCCAGUUUAUUAUAAGCCUUUAUCUUUUAAAUUUUCAAAGAUGCCAAGAGUAGCUGAGACAUUUCUACCUUUUUAAUAGAUCUUUGUAAAGGAUGAGAAGAUAUAAGGAUAUUUGAAUUUUAUUUGUAGCCAAGUUGUCACUUGCUCCAGCCAACCUCCCAGAAACCUUCCACCUACUUCCAUCAUUCCUUGUCCUGCUUUCUGAGCUGCAUGGGCACCACUUAUCCCCUUGAGAACCAGGGGUUUGAAGAACGCUCCUGGCAGCAUUGGACAGGGAAGCAGAGGAAGGAGUGGUGGCCUGGCCCCAGCCCACUGCCAAUGCUGCAGGGUAGGGUCCCUCUCCCAGCUCCCCUUAGCACCUCUUCUGCCUGGCAUGGGGACGCUGCCAGCACGGUGACCUGGUGUCUCAGUCUUGGAGACAAAUUUCAGGAGGAAACACCCUGGAAUGGGUGUUUUCUCUAGAGGGAAAGGGCUUCAAUAACUCUCUUCUGCCAAUGCGAGAAAUGGAUACCAGGGGAUGAAAGUGAAAAAAAAAAGUAAAACUAUUAACAAAGGAAGAUACCCAAAAAGCACAGGUGAGAAAAGAAAAUUGAACCUUACACCCCAUCCCCAACUUUGCUGAGAGGCAAAGAUUGUGGCUGCCCUUCUUUGUCUCUGGGAAGCAGGGAGAAAAGAGUUCACAAAGUGGCUGGGAACCUGUUGGAUUUCUGGUGUGGAUCUUCUCCUCACAGCAGGCAAAGUUGGUGUCCCUUCUUUCACUGGUCUUUCUGGGGUUUGGACCAGCCAGGGGUGCCCCUGUGGACUCCUUGGGCCAAAGGACAAAACAAAUCAAAACAGUUCAAGGAAAAAAAACUAAAUAAAACAAAAAGCUGCCAAUGAAAACCCUCCAGGCCAGGGCAAGAAAAAAAACAAACAAACAAACAAAAAAACAAAACCAAAAACCAUAAUCCUGGGGCUCCCAGGCUCUGGUCCUGCCCCUGGUUCAUCUUAAAGAUCCCACAGACAUUUCUGGGCCUAAAACAGAUAAUUAGGAAAUAAGGUAUCAUCAUAAAAUCACCCCAAGACACCUGGCCUGACAGCACACAAACACCACUGAGCAGCAUCUGCUGUGCCUCAGCUCAGGUGCCACGGCAAGCUCACAGCUCUCUCUUCUUCCUCCAGCUCUGCUCAACAUGAGGGGACACCCCAACCCCAUCACCAUGGCCAAGGGCAAGAAUGUUGUGCUGCCCUGCAGCUUCUCCCCAGAGCAGCACGCACAGGAUACAAAGGUGACCUGGUUUUGAGAACAGUUCUCACCUUUUGUGCAUCACUACAGCCUUGCCAUGCCCUGUCCAGCCUGGAUGAGCAAGGAGGUUUUGGAGGAACUUAUGAACAAAAAAAGCAACUCCAGCCAAGAGCUCCCCUGGGGUGAGCUCUGCCUUGAUGUAUUGGUUCCAUCUCAGCUGCAGUGAACAUGAUUCUGGAUCCAGACACAGCCCACAGGGACCUUGUCCGGUUUGAUGAUGGCAAAAGUGUGAAACAAGGUGACACACAACAGGACAUCCCUGACAUCCCUGAGAGAUUUAACCCAUGCUGCUGCAUGCUGGGCUGUGAUGGCUUCACCUCAGGGAGACAUUACUGGGAGGUGAAGGUGAUGGACACAGGAGGAUGGGCCAUGAGGGUCUCUAUAGAAGAUGUGAAAAAGAAGGAUGAUAUUGAAUUUAAGCCUGAGAAAGGUAGCUGGGAAGUGAGGCUGUUGGAAGGGUACUUCCUAGCUCUCACAUCUCCUAAUUGCACCCUCCUUCCUGAAGUCAGUACCCCCGAACAGAUCUGGAUCUAUCUGGAUUAAGAGGGAUGGGUGGCAUUUUUCAGUGUUUAUGAGAGUAUUUCCAUCUUCACAUCUCCACUGGUACUGUCUGAAUGGAAAAAAAUACACUUUUGGUUCUGUCUGGGUCCUGGGACAUUUCAAAAUAUGACUGUGAUGAAUGGAAUGGAGUAAGAAAAGGCUUUUCUGGGAGAACUUGUUAGUUCAUACUCACAGAAGGAUUGAGGUUAGAAGGAACCUGAGGAGGUUUCUGUGGCAACCAGCUGCUCAGAGCUGGGUUAACCUGAGGGCUACGUUUGCUGUCUUUGGACCUUGUUUGGCUGAGCUGUGUAGGUUUCCCAGGGCAGAGAUCUCAUUAUGUCUCUGGAGCUCUCUCUCUGCAGAGAGCUGCAUCUCUCUCAAGGGUCUGAACCAACCCUUUCUCUUUGGUCAGAAUUCCUCCAGUUGCAACUCAUGUUGUCAGAGGUUCAAAGGAACAGAGAUAUUUUGGGAAUGCUUGCGAUAAAAUUACUUUGGUGUUAUUUGUCUGCAUGCAUGUCAGCAUCAAGACUCUCUGAGCAAUAUCUCCUUCUCCUUUCAGCCUGUAGGAUUUGCCAGCACUUAGGAGAAAAUGGCUCACUGUAUGCUGCUGGAGCCAAUGAAGUAAUGUCAGCGGGGCAGUUAUGUCUGUUGGGGUAAGGAAAGGGUUACAGAAAGAACAGCAGCAGCAACAUCAGGGGUUUGAACAAACUACACAAGGUGAACAAGAAACCGCUUCAACCAGAACAUGAAGAAAUCUGAAACAAAAUGUUUUUUCUGCCCUACUGACUUGUGACUCUGGAAAGAAUAAUAGAUUGUUAAUAGAUGUCAAGAAUACAGAUUUGUUGUAGAACUGUGAUUAGUUUUAAGCUUGCAGUCAAAAACAGCUUUUGGGCUAAGGAUGUAAAUUUGGCGAGCUUCAUAAAUAAAGUAGAUUCACUUUCACCUA